UCAGACGCCGUCAAAAGAGAGCCAGAUCCUGUUGAUUAUCACAAGAAGAAGAAGAAGAAGGUUGUCCCAACAUUGCACUGAGUCUGUUAUCGUCUGCUCAUCUCUGCAUCAUCACCUGCCAUUUGUCCACUGAGUUAAAGGAGGACUUGUCUCAUCAGGGGACGGAUAGGGAGCCACUGCUUGAUCAGACAAACAGCCUUCCAGACAACAGCAGAAAAGCAGUGACUUCACCUUUUCACCUCUAGUGCACCCUCUUUUUGCACUUUCUCUCCUCCCUCUCCGGUCUUCUGUGUCUCAGGUGUUUGUUCAGCCUGUGAGCAGUUAUGGGGGACUGGAGUCUCCUGGGGAAUUUCCUAGAGGAGGUCCAGGAACAUUCUACCUCGGUCGGGAAGGUUUGGCUCACCGUCCUUUUCAUUUUUCGCAUUCUGGUGCUGGGCACAGCAGCCGAGUCGUCCUGGGGUGACGAGCAGAGCGACUUCAUGUGCGACACCAAGCAGCCUGGUUGCACCAACGUGUGCUAUGACAACGCCUUCCCCAUCGCCCACAUCCGCUAUUGGGUGCUGCAGAUUGUAUUUGUCUCCACGCCAUCCCUCAUCUACAUGGGCCACGCCAUGCACAUUGUGCGCAGGGAGGAGAAGCAGCGGAGGUUGGAGCAGGAGCAGAGGGAGGAGAGAGGGGAAGGCGGGGGAGACGUGGAGGGGGAGAAGGAAUACCUCCAGCAGAAGGAGAGCGGAAGAAUAAUGGCAUCUGAUGGGACUGGACGUUUUCAUCUGAAAGGAGCGCUGCUGCGGACCUACAUCCUGAGCAUCAUGAUCCGCACAGCGAUGGAGGUGACGUUUAUCGUGGUGCAGUACAUGAUCUACGGAGUGUUCCUCAGGGCGUUGUACCUGUGCAAUGCCUGGCCCUGCCCCAACCCCGUCAACUGCUACAUGUCCCGGCCCACAGAGAAGAACGUCUUCAUCAUCUUCAUGCUGGUGGUGGCCGGUGUGUCUCUGCUGCUCUCUGUGCUGGAGCUCUACCACCUUGGCUGGAAGAGCGCCAGGACGUGUUUACAAAAGAGGAUACAGAAGAGCAGCCAGAGAGCUUUGACGGGGGCCGUGUCCGCGGCCUUGGAGCCAAACAGCCCGCCUCGACCCUCGGCCUCCUGCACCCCACCUCCUGACUUCAGCCAGUGCCUGGCAGCCCCGAGCUCCGUGAACCCAAUGACCUCAAUGUCCUCUCAUCCCUUCAACAACAGGAUGGCGCUGCAGCAGAAUUCUGUCAACUUGGCCACUGAGCAGCAUCACAGCUGCGACAACCUGGAGGAUGAGCAAGACUUUCUGAGAAUGAGAUACGACCAAAUGCCCUCGGAGCUGCCCAACAGCUGCUCCCCAUCGCCGCUGCUGCACUCCAGCUACAUGAAGGACAAACGCCGCCUGAGCAAGACCAGUGGGAGCAGCAGCCGGGCUCGCCAGGAUGACCUGUCAGUAUAGACUCACCACCAAAGAGAAGGAACAGAGAGAUGAGUUUAGAAAGACCCAAAGAGGAGACUAAGUUAUUACUGAGUGAAGGGGUCAAAGCAUGAAGCUAAUUAUGCAAACUCUGGCAUUGAAGUCAGACACUUGAUCAUAGAGGAUGGACUAAAUGUUCACUUUAGAAAGAGAUCCUGAGAUCUGUGAGUGGUCCAUGUGAACUUGACCUGUGUGAGCUCUGUGAGCAGCUAGUGUUUCUGAACCAAUCUGUCCAAGAGCUCAAAAAACCAAACUGCAAAAGAAAAAGUAUUUUCGAUAUGUGAACAGGGUAACAGGUGUAAUACCUGACUAUUGCACAUUUAUUCCCCCCAUGGGGAUCAAUAAAGGAAUAAAGGAAUAUAAUUUAUGUUUUAGUAAAACAGUUAAAGGCAAAAACUAAGAGCUAAAAAAGAAAAUGACGUGAUGCUAGGUGCUUGGUGUGAGAUGACUUAGGGAAAUAAUCUAAUUAGAAAGCAAAAUAUGGCUCAGAUAGUCAACUAUUCAAUUAAUUGAACAUGAAAGAUUUAGAGAAAAUAGGGACUAAAUAUGCAAUAAACUGUGAAGCUUGGAUGUAUAUAAAUAAGAUGUUUUUUAUGCAGCGUAUAUGCAAUGAAUCAAGGUAAAGUGCCUUAACAAGUGUGAAAAAAAAUCUCUUUCAUAUGACAUGUUUUUAUAUGUAUAUUUUUCAAAAAGCCAUUGCAAAGACUGUUCAUUUAAAUUAAGCCAUCUGUUGAUUUGCUAACCUGAUUGCACUACACAGGUCAGCAAACAUGAAAUGUAUCUCAAGAAUAAUCCCUUUAUAAUCCAAAAAAAAGGUGUGAGUAAAACUGUUAUCAUUAGUUAUAUAUUUGACAGGAGACUUUGUGUGCAGAAUGUAGCCUGUUUUAGGAUGUUCCCUAUCAAGAGGGAUUGAAGGGAAAAGAGAAAGAAGACGUCCUGUUGGAUGCUGUUAUGAGGAGAUCCGGCCACUCGGUGGCAACAUUGCACUUGUGCUUUUCAGUUUCUGUCCUGAAGCCAUUUAUGUAAAUAGUGAACUUGUUACAUGCAAUGUAUGUUUCAGUUGAUAUCUUUGAAUGUAUGGUAUUUCAUUUCAUCAAUGUACAGGUUGUUUAUGUUUAUGUCGCACAACAAACUUCAUAUAAAACACAUAAAUCUUGUUUAGUUUUUCUGGUUCUUUCACACAGACCUUCAUGCAAUAAAUGUCAUCACUAACUCAUCACAAAUAAAGAAAUCAUCAACUGUAAAAUCUGCUCUGUUGUCCUCAAGGUGUGUAAUUAAUGCAAGUACUUCUUAAAAUCUUUAUGAAACAUCAGA